CAUCUGGACAACAUCUAAUUGGCCCUGACUUUAUUUUUAGGCACAACAAUGAUCAUAAACACACUACCAAUGCAGUAAAAGCAUACCUGGAUAGAAAACCACACAAUGGACACUAUUCCUGAAACUGUGGGACUCCAGGAGAUAAAGAAAACACCGAAGUUCAGAAAGAAAUUCCAGGAGAUGGCGCUAAUGCAUGUUAAAAGUGAUUUCAGAUAAGUAAAUGGUCCAGUAGGUGGCGGUAACGCACCCUGCUGUAAGAUGGUUGACUUGCAGCCACUAACACUCAAAGAAGAAGGAGAAGAAGCAGCAGUAAUCGGUUGGGAAGCUGCCUGCAUCAUCUGCCGAUCGAGCCAGGAACCGACCAGCAGAACCGGAGAAAAAUGGCGUUCACAUUCGCGGCCUUUUGCUACAUGCUGGCACUGCUGCUAACGGCCGCGCUUAUCUUCUUCGCUAUCUGGCAUAUAAUCGCUUUCGAUGAGCUGAAGACUGACUACAAGAAUCCUAUAGAUCAAUGUAACACUUUAAAUCCGACAGUUGAAAAGGUCAAAAAGAUUAAAAGAGUCAAAAUUGCAUUAAAGCUGGUGCUCCCAGAGUAUCUUAUCCACUUCUUCUUUUGCGUGAUGUUCUUCUGUGCGGCCGAGUGGCUCACCCUCUGUCUCAACUUACCACUGCUGGCUUAUCAUGUCUGGAGGUAUAUGAGCAGACCUGUGAUGAGCUGUCCAGGACUUUACGACCCAACAACCAUCAUGAACGCUGACAUCCUGGCGUACUGUCAAAAAGAAGGCUGGUGCAAACUGGCUUUCUACCUCCUGUCAUUCUUCUACUAUCUCUACGGGAUGAUCUACGUUCUGGUGAGCUCUUAAAUGGUGCGAUGAAGCAAAAGGACCUGCAUGUACAGCAAACGACCAGACACUAUGAUCUUAGUGCUGGAGCACUGGACCUGCUGGAGACCACCUUUCAGCAACACAAGACGCCAUUUCCAAGUGGACAAACCUGUCAUUUCAGAAACAUUUAGCCAGUUUUAAGAGAAUCCUGGUUGCAGUGUUCCUCUAAUAGCACUAUAGUUACAAAGCUUUUAUGGAAAAUACGGACAGACCUGAAUGGACACAUCUUUCUCUCUUUUUUCCCUGUUUUUUUUAAUAGUGUUUUUUUGUUUUUUUUUUAAAUAUGCUUGGGAUUGAAAAUAAAGUUUGCUUUUUUUUCAUCACGUUCCCAACUGUUGAGUGUUUACAGACUAGGUAGACAUUUUCAGGUGUGCAUUUAUCUGUGAGAAUCUAAGCUGUGUGCUGAACUGCAUUAGCUUUUUCUGUGAAUAAGAUCCCGGGCUUUAAAAGCCAAUUUACACCUGCCACGUGACUCGUUACCAUGACUAAAAUGAACAGCGGAGUGUAAAACAGACUUUUGUUCUUGCCCGCAGAUGCAGAAGGUCUUAUAACGUGACACUUUGAGGGCUGAAGUGCAUGUUAACGAAACGUGCCGCACAAGGACGGUAGUAGUCUGGUUGUCGGUUAUCACCUUUCAAGCUAUCUGAUGUAUUGUUUCCAUGCAUCCCUGUCAAACUAUUGCUGAUAUGUUUUCUUAAGUGUGGACCGCCAUGUGUGUGAUCUGUAGACCCGUCCUUGCAGGUAUCUGUAAAUAAAAGGUAGACUCAACAGUACUAUAAUGCAGCGGUUCCCACGGACUGGUUUGUGCCCGACAAUAUUUUCACGGACCGGCCUUUAAGGUGUCGCGGAUAAAUACAACAAAAUAAAACUAGGACCGGUACCGAAAACAGAUUUAUUCAUAACACACGUGAAAAGACCCAGGAAAACAGAGUUAACAACAAAAACGAUAACAAAAUAACGCUUAAAAACCCUGAAAACCAUACAUUUCACACCAGAGUCUCAACUCUCCCAGGCGACGUACUGGUACCGGCCCGGGGGUUGGGGACCGCUGCUUUAAUGUAUUCACCGUUAGGAAGGAACACUAUCCUCCUCUUUCCUUUCGGCAUUCAAGUUUUGAUCGACAUCAGCUGAUGUGCCAUACUGUUGAAUGUACCUUUGAAUUUCUUUUUGUCGUUGUGCGUUUUAAUUUCAACACCAAAUAUUCCACAUUGUUAGAAGAUCCAACGUUUUAUUUUUCAUGUUUUCAAUUUGACCUUUUUUCUUGUUUUUAGUAAUUCUUCAGAAUAUCAAGCACUCCUCGCAGUAUCGCUCAUCUCCAGAAUCAGAAUCUAGACUGAUGUUUUAGGCCACUGCAAAAAAAAUUUCAUUCAUGUUAGAGUAUUUAUUGUCAUGUUUAACAUGUAAAUUUAUCAGGGAAAAGGAUUAUCAUUUGUCACAUUCAAAUAAAGAAGUUUUUAUGUGUUAGAUCACAUCAAAUUACAUCUAGGAAAUUGUUUAUUUAAAUCUAAAUAAACUAUCCUGCUCUAUUAA